UAAACUAGCCAAGACCCUCUUCCACCUGUGGACUUGCUCCUGCUGCUUCCUAUGCCUGAGAAUGAUCCUCAACACCCACCCCCCCCCCCCCGCCGCUUUCCCACCCUAGUUUACUUCCCAGGGUUGGGGGCGGUGUGGAGACCCCAGAGGCUGUUCAGGAUAUGUAGGCUUAGGGUCAGGGGACAGAGUGAGGCCAGAUUUAGUAUAUAACAAAGUCAGGGGUCAGUCUGUCCAGAUAAGAGUGUCCAGACAGGCUCGUUAUACUAGCCACCAGAGUUCCUUUGGGGGGGGGGGGAGGGGCCCAGGCCAUCCAGCCUGCUGCCUGUACUGCCCCAAAGGGGAAACUGAGGCACCGGGAGAGGGUCGAGGCCCAGGGUCACCCUCUCACACCCUGCCCUCCUCUUCCCCUCAGCGCCCCCACCACCUAGUUCUCCCUCCACCUGCAGCCCUCAUUCCCUCCCGAAUUUGUUCUAACGCUCUGGGUCCCCAAGAGCAACGGUGGUGGCCCCGCCCGACCAUGCUGAUAAGACGCCUCGAGUCCCCGCCUCACAGGGUUAUGCAAAUGAGGCGCCCGGAGGCCCCGCCCCUCGCCCCUUCGCUGAGUCUGCGCGGCUCGGCGGGGCCGACGGAGUCUCCCAUCUCCGCGUCCGCCCGCCGGGCCUGCCGUCCGUCUGUUCGUCCUGCUGCCCGGGUGACUUCUAAGCGGAGCGGGGGCUCAGGCGGUGACAGCCUCGACCCGAGCAAGCUGCGUGGAUGGGGCACUGGACCCAGAGUGCCUACCCUCACCUUCCUGGGCCUCAGUUUCCACCUCUGUGCAAUGGGGUUGACCAUCCCCGUCCUGCUGGCCGCCAGGAGCGGCUGCCCGGCCUUCACCAUGGCAGGAGGGAGACCUCAGCUGAAGAGGAGUUUCUCCAUCAUUCCCUGCUUUGUCUUUGUGGAGUCAGUGCUUCUGGGCAUCGUGGUCCUGCUCGCUUACCGCCUGGAGUUCACGGACACCUUCCCCGUGCACACCCAGGGGUUCUUCUGCUAUGACAGUACCUAUGCGAAGCCUUACCCGGGGCCUGAGGCUGCCAGCCGAGUGCCUCCUGCUCUCAUCUAUGCCCUAGUCACUGCUGGGCCCACCCUCACGAUCCUGCUGGGGGAGCUGGCGCGUGCCUUUGUCCCCGCGCCACCCUCCACCGUCCCCAUCAUCGGGGAGAGCACCAUCGUGUCAGGGGCCUGCUGCCGCUUCAGUCCCCCACUGCGGAGGCUGGUCCGCUUCCUUGGGGUCUACUCCUUCGGCCUCUUCACCACAACCAUCUUCGCCAACGCUGGGCAGGUGGUGACCGGAAACCCCACACCGCACUUCCUGUCCGUGUGUCGCCCCAACUACACAGCCCUGGGCUGCCCACCGCCUUCGCCCGACAGGCCGGGGCCCGACCGCUUCGUCACCGACCAGGGUGCCUGUGCCGGCAGCCCCAGCCUGGUGGCCGCUGCGCGCCGUGCCUUCCCCUGCAAGGAUGCUGCCCUUUGCGCCUACGCGGUCACCUACACAGCGAUGUAUGUGACGCUUGUGUUCCGAGUGAAGGGCUCCCGCCUGGUCAAACCCUCGCUCUGCCUGGCCCUGCUGUGCCCCGCCUUCCUGGUGGGCGUGGUCCGCGUGGCCGAGUACCGCAACCACUGGUCUGAUGUGCUGGCCGGCUUCCUGACAGGCGCUGCCAUCGCAACCUUUCUGGUCACCUGCGUUGUACACAACUUCCAGAGCCGGCGGCCCUCUGGCCGAAGGUUCUCCCCCUGGGAAGACCUGGGCCAAGCCCCCACCGUGGACAGCCCCCUCGAAAAGUUAAGUGUGGCCCAGGAACCCGAGGCCUGCAGGCCGCAUUCGACACCGGCACGGCUCACCCCAUCCAAGUCGCAGAACUGUGCCCGCCGUGGCCACCUGAUCCCCAGCUGCGUGUCCUCCAGGGCUCCAGCCAUGUGUUCGUCGCCCCGUGUGCCCCGCCCUCGAUUGAGGUCUGAGCCGACGCCCCUGCCUCUGCCCCUGCCCCUGCCAGCACCAACCCCCAGCCAGGGCCCCUCACCCUCCUCCCCUGGGCCUGGGGGGCCGGGUGGGGGUGGUGGACGUGGUCGGAAGCUGCUUCUGCCCACACCCCUGCUUCGGGACCUGUACACCCUUAGUGGACUCUAUCCCUCCCCCUUCCACCGGGACAACUUCAGCCCUUACCUGUUUGCCAGCCGUGACCACCUGUUGUGAGGCCCCACCACCCACCCAGAAUCUUCCAGGUCCCCAUUCCUUCCCUGCCACACGUGAGUGUGCGUGUGCCAUGUGAGUGCCAAAGCCCCCUGUGCACAAACCAGCCAGGCCUAGAUGUUAGAGGCUGGCUGGAAGGACAUUUGGGGGGCCCCUGCCUCUCUUGCCCUCUGGAACAUCCAAGUGGGCAUAACUGGGAGGUGGGCCCUUGCCCCCAGGAUGGCUCUUUUAGGGCUCAAACCUGACCCCAUUGGCCAUUGCUGAGCCAAUGGGAGUCCCCAGUUCUAAAACUUCUACUCAAAAGGAGUUUACUCCAGCCAAUGGAGCCUCCCCUCACGUCUUAGAAUCCUCAGGCAAGAGGGUAACUCCAGUUUGUGUUCAGUGUCUGAACAACCAAUAGGAGUCCUUGGUUUUCAGAACUUCUAGGAUGGGUGGGUAUGAUUCCAGUCAAUGGGGGACCGCCAAUGUCUAAGCAUGUGCAGAGGAGAGGAGGGAGAUGGGGUCAUCCUGUGUCAUUGGGUCCUCUCUCAGAAUCAGAGAGUCCAGCUGGAGAAUGGGGGGCAGGCUCCCCCGUGGCAGGGUUCUUGGAGCACCCCUUCCUCUCUCAGCCCCUCCCCCAUGUGCAACCUCUCACUCAGUCCCUCCUAACUCCCAACUUACACAGGGCUUGCCCCAGUUCAGAGGUUUUGGGGUUCAGGGUGCUGUCUCUCCCCUUGUCUGUGCCCAGGUCACCUCAAACCCCUCUGUUAUUAGGGCUGUGGGAGGGACUUUUUUUGCCUUGGAGUCUGUCCCUGUUCUUUACACUGCCCCCCACCCCGGGCUCCAGCGUCAUGCAGAUGUGCCAUCAUGGGGGGCAUGGGUGGAGCAGAGAGCGCUCCCCUGCCCCAGGCAGCCAAAGGCAGUGGGCAGAGGAGAUACUGCCCCCCUUUCCUGCCCCCACCUUAUCUUUAAUAAAGACCUGUUUGUAACAGAA